AUAAGUGGGGGCUGCGGGCUGGGGGAGAGGAGCUGCACCUUACUAAACGCGAGGAGCCGGAGCCUGGACCCCUAGCAGCCGCUCCAGGGGGGAAUCCCCAGAGCCCCCAAGCCCUACAGCCUAGCAGAUCUCAAUUCUCCAAAGCCCAAGGCUGGGAAGCAGCAUCCCUCCCGCUGCAGAGUACCUGUAGGGAGCACGGAUCGCCAUUCCCUUACCUCCCAGAGGCAGGGUCCCCAAGGCCCCUUCUGUGCGCUUCCCCAUCCUUGAAACCGGGGCCCCCAUUCCGCCAUGCUGAACAUGAGCGAAUUCUGCCCAGAAGCUCUUUUCGCCAAGUACCCUGAGGGAUGCGUUGAGACCAGCCCGGAGACUUUGCGACCGGGGAGAGACCCCUCCCUCUCUGGCUUCCCGGGAGGUGACUUCCUGAGCUCUGCGCUGAGUGGUGCUUGUGAUACCUCGGAUUAUUUCUUUCUGGAGGGUCCCUCUCCCCCACCCCAGCCUGGCCUCAGUUAUACUGGCAGCUUCUUCAUCCAGGCCAUUCCUGAGCACCCACACGACCAGGAGGCCCUAUUCAACCUCAUGUCGGGGAUCCUCGGCCUGGCUCCUUUCCCUGGGCCGGACGGAGCUGUCCCUCGGGCUCCGCUGGACGCCCUGUACGCUACUAGCCCGGACACCUCACUGGCUGGGCCCUUGGACCUCUUCCCGGCUGAUCUAGGCUCCGCUACUCCCUUUCCGGAGACUCCGUGGGAGACCUCACCGACUGCGGGCGCCUCCCCGCAGUGCCUCUAUGAGCCCCAGCCGUCCCCACCCGACGUCAAGCCGGGCCUCCGAGCCCCUCCUGUCUCGCCGGCCCUAGACGCUGCUCCGGCCUUCAAAGCCCCCUAUGGGCCUUGGGACCUCUUGUCGGCAGGCACUCCGAGCUAUCUGCCUCAGGGAGGCUAUCAGCCUAGCCCCGAAGCUGGCUUCCCCCCGCUGGGCUCCAAGAUAGAGGAUCUGCUGCAAAUCAGCUGUCCCGCGGAGCUGCCAGGUCCGGCCAACAGAAUCUAUGGUGGCACCUACGAUACCUUCUCCCUGUCCAGCUCCAGUCAGCUGCCCUCGGGCGACUUCGGGGAAGGGGGCGAGGGCCUCCAGCCAGGGCUCAGUCUGAGCCCCCCCGGGGAGGGCGGCGGCGGUGGGGACCUGCUAGCCCGGGCACAACCUUCUCCAUUAAGCCUCGCCCUCCCUGGCCCAGCCUCAGACUUCUCGAUAGUGCCAACAACUGCAACUGAUUUCCCUGGGGCUGCGCAACUCCCACCACCGACGGCGGCUCCGCAGCAAUCUCAGCCACCCCAGCCGCCGCAGCCGCCGCAGCCCGCGCAGGCUGAGCCUAGGCGUAAGGGGCGGCGGGGCGGCAAGUGCAGUCCUCGCUGUUUUUGUCCUCGGCCCCACGCCAAGGCCUUCGCCUGCCCGGUGGAGAGCUGCGUCCGCAGCUUCGCCCGCUCAGACGAGCUCAACCGCCACCUGCGCAUCCACACUGGCCACAAGCCUUUCCAGUGCCGGAUUUGCCUGCGCAACUUCAGCCGCAGUGACCACCUCACCACGCACGUGCGCACCCACACGGGUGAGAAGCCUUUCGCCUGCGACGUGUGUGGCCGUCGCUUCGCGCGCAGCGACGAAAAGAAACGUCACGGCAAAGUGCAUCUGAAGCAGAAGGCCCGGGCCGAGGAGAGACUCAAGGGGCUGGGCUUUUACGCUCUGGGCCUCUCCUUCGCUGCCCUCUAAACUCUUUCUUAGUUCGCCCUGCACUGUACUGGAUGACCACGGAGGCUCUGCGCCAUGAAUAGAGACAGCCUACUGUCAGGGGGCCAAACCCUCGACUAGCUUCGUCCUCGCCCCAUCCUUUGAGUGGGGACCAGAACCCCAAGGGUCCUUCAAUCCCAUUCCUCUAAUGGGUCCCACCAUCCCCCUCGCCCUGCCCCAAUGCCCUUUCCCUACUGCCACUCCGGACCAACGCCAGGAGGCGAUCCUAAUUUUGCUCGGUUUUGUCCGAGGGUCGCGGCAAGUUGGUUUUAGUUGAGUGUGCCCGGCCAAGCUCGGAAGGUUGGCUGUUCAGCACCACUGCCCGAGGACAGCUCCUCCGGAGCUCCUGGCCCAGGGAGCCCUCUCUCUCCUACCAGGCACUUUCUUUUCAAAGACUCAGGACACAGACGAUUGUCUUUUCUACUCUGGGCCCCGACUCUCCUCACCCCACCACCACCCAGACGCGGGGGGCUGGCGGAGGUAUAAUCCUCGAUCCAGCUCACUGGACGGGGUAGGGAGAGUGUUUCUUUGUACAGAUCUGUCUGAGCAACCCUCGGGUACGGCGUUCGCUUUUCUGGUUAUUAUUUAUUUAUCGAUUUUGUAAAGCAGAUGCUGCUCUCAGGCAGGUGAUAAAGCUGUGUUUAUUUUUGCAAUUAAAGCGUUUGUGCAAAAAAAAAAAAAAGUCCAGUUGCUGGCUUCCUUCAGUUUGCUGCAACCUGCCGCCCUCCCCCCUACUCUGCCCCAGCUCAGUACUAUGAGACCCCUGGUCUGUCUCUGCUCACUAGAGGGGAACCUUUGGUCUGAUAAACUACCUGAGAGCUCCUUCCCUCAAGGAGAACCUAGUCUGAAGGAAGAGUCUCAGCCUUUGCCCUCAGGGAGCUGGUUUGAUAGGGGUAUCGUGGAGGGCCUUGGCUCUUCAGAAACUCAUCUGAUGGGGACGGUGGGACACACACAGAGAAAAGGAAUCAGGUCCAUACCAUAAUAGCUCAUAGGAUGUUGCAAGAAUGAGAUGAAAUGUGUAUGUAAUAAAAAUUUACCAGCUAUGAUUAUGUAACUUACCGUGGACCAAUCUGUUGGGAAAUGGAUUGAGUCUGCUCCUGGAGCAAUUGGAUGCCAGAUAUCUAUCCCUCUACACAUAUCAGAAUGACAUGCAUGGAAGAAUAUGGCCUAGACGCUAGAUUGCUGGCUCUGGAGGCAGGACUUACGUUCAAAACUUACCCAGGAAUUGGCUGUGUGACUCUAGGCAAGUCACUUAAUUUCUCUGAACCUCCAUUCCCCAUCAGUAAUAUGAAAAUAGUAAUAGCAUCUACUCACAGAGUUGAUGUGAAGAUUAAAUGAGAUAUUAUGUUGUACAUAAAGCAAAGCAAUUUGCAAGCCUUAACAUGCACUAUAAAUUGUCAGCCAUUAUUAUUGUUAUAUAAUAUCACAUCCAGUCAGAGUGGUAGAAGAAAGGAGUGCUUUGGGAAAGAUUGGAGCAACAUGACAUCAUAGGGUGGAGUUAGUCUGGGAAGGUUUCCAAAAGGAGGUGAGUGGUGGAGUUGAGUUUGGAAGAAAUCCAAAGACUAGAUUUGGCAGCAGAGAAACAAAGAACGCUGGUUUUCAAAACCCUGCCAGGGUAACUGGACACAAUGAUAAUAAUACACACUAACUGUAGUCUCUGACACAGCCUGAUUGUGUACUCCAAAGAAUCACAGGCUCUUGAAAUGACAUAAACUAAAUCCCUCAUUUUACGGAUAAUGAAAUACACGCAUCUCUAUUACAUACAAUAAUGAUGAUAACAAGAAGUCAUUUAUAUAGCACCUGGUCAUUUACAAAGUUCUUUCCUAAAGUCCAGUGGGUAUUGUAACACAUCAUUAUCUCCAUUUUACAGAUCCAGAAGCAAAGUGUGCCUGAGGUAUAGCAUACAUAUAUAUGCAUGACA